AUGUGCCAAUCUGUGUGUUAUUUUAUGCGUCAAGUAUCAAUUGCAGAAGCUCCAACAUUGGAUGAUGAUUCAUUUGAGCCAAUCUUUGAUGGAGAAGACUCUGCUGAAACUUUUGCUGAAAUAGAUGAAAAUAGGGAACUGGACUUGCAAUCGCUAAUAGCAAUGCAUUUUUUUAAAGUAUUUGUUGAAUCAUCUAAAGCACGUUUUCAUCUAACAUUGAUACCUUGCCGUUGGUAUAAAGAUGAAUAUAUUAGUUCAAGUGAGGGUUAUUUUAAUGAAAAGGUUAUAGGCAACGGAAAUUUUAAUCAUAGUAGCACCUUUGAAUUUACCAGAAAGUAUACUAUAAAUGAUUUUUCAGAAGAAUACUCCAAACAAAUAACACGAAAACAACUGAAAUAUGGCAUUUUAAUGGAUGAAGCAAAAAAAGCCAUUCAGUUUGCAAUUUGUAAUAAUGAUGAAGAAUUAAUCAAACUUAUAAAGGAGUAUAAUGAAAGGAAAAAAGCUCAAUACAUUCAGGCGGAAUCAGUUAAGCAACAAAGAGCUUUAGCAAAUCGAUUAGCAGAAAAUGACAAUCAAGUUAUUUGUAGGCCAAAUGGAGUACUAAUUGAAUUUAAUCAAGUUUUAGAUCCAUUAAAACAUCAACCAAAAGGAAGACCACCUGGAAAACAUUUUAAAUCAUCCACUGAAUUGAAAAGUAAAAGUAAAAGUGAAGCAACUGAUGGGGCCGCAAGUGUGGUUUAUGUGGAGGAAAUGGACAUUAUCGUAGCACUUGUCCUUCAAAGUAGUCAUUUUAUGUACAACAAUAAAGUGAUUUUUAACUCUUGA